GUCCUCUGUUCUCGACUGUGAAACGACAGAAGAGCGACGGAAGCAAGACUGACAACAACGCAAGCCUGAGAGGGUCCCUAAGAGCAAACUUGAGUGUGCGUGGACAUCAUCAGCCACAAUGAGCAUUCUCAAAGUGUUCACUGUUGCCCUUGUGCUGUUUGGAACCAGCUGUCUUUCUGCUAAGAUAAAGAGACAACUGCCAGCCGAUACAGAAGUUACACCAGAUGACGAUGUCCAAGUUCAGUCACUUCCAUUACCAGCUAGGUCACCACCUGGUCCACCUGGUGGACCACCGGGUGGACCACCUGGUGGACCACCUGGAUCACCUCCAGGAACACCUGGGCCACCACCUGGGUUUCCAUUCUUUAUACCAGGGCCACCAGGUCCCCCUGGUCCACCUGGUCCACCAGGACCAACCGGACCACAUGGUCCACCAGGGCAAGAUGGUCCACCAGGACCACCUGGACCAGGUGGUCCACCAGGGCUAGAUGGUCCACCAGGACCACCUGGACCAGAUGGACCACCAGGCCCACCUGGACAAGAUGGGCCACCAGGACCACCUGGACCUGAUGGGCCACCAGGCCCAUCUGGACCACCUGGACCAGCAGGCCCAUCUGGACCACCUGGACCACCAGGUCCACCUAGUGCACCAGGACCACCCGGACCACCAGGUCCUCCCGGGCCACCACAACAUUACCCACAUUGGCCUUUUGGGCAACGACCCCCUUGGCCACCAGCACCUUGGCCACCUAGGCCACCAGCACCUUGGCCACCUGGACCACCACCAUAUUAGCCAACACCAUCUUAGCCACCUGGGCCACCACCACGUUCACCGCCUGGGCCACUGCCACCAACACCUGAUCCAAAAUUGCAUGAUCCAUCAUCUUAACAACCUGGAUCACCAGGGGGCCACCUGUUACCAUGGAUGAAAUGCCAGCCUUGCCAGGCUAUUCCAUCACUAGGACCACAUUUUAUUUCGUAUUAUAAUUAGCCACCCGGCAAAUAGCAGCCACCAGUGCGGCCACCUGUUAUCCUGGAUAAAAAAUACCCACCUGAACACUAAAUUGUCAACUUGCCACACAAUUCUUCCUACCUGGACCAGCACCCUGCAACCUGGAACACCGCCCGGAUGCAAAAAAAUAUUCUGGAACAUGACCUUUCAAGCUUGGACUACCACCUUGGUCCACACCAAUACCUACCUAACCAACCCCAGUUAGUCCGGAUGAAAACGACCCACCUAAACAACCACCUUGCUCAUUCAGACAACCUGUUUCUGGUUAGAGACACAGCCACCUGGAUCACCAACAUCCAGUCCACCACCUGGGCUACCUGGACAUGUCAAGCCUUGACCAUAGAAAGGGAGUUGUUUUAUUCCAAAAGUAAUCUUGUCUUUAAGCAUUUAGCCCUAAUCGUAAUGAUCGUGUGGUCAUUGAUGCGAAAUUGCAAGAUACAUCCCCCCAAGCCCCCGCCUUUGCCACCUGCGUUUGAUUCAAAUAAUAAAGAUGAUUUUUCUUCUGCA